AUCCACGUAAGUCAUGGCUUUCCUUUGGCUUGUAUCCUGCCUGGCUUUAGCCACCACAGUUUAUGGCUGUGGCCAACCUGAAAUCGCUCCAGUGGUGACUGGCUAUGCCAGGAUUGUGAAUGGUGAGGAAGCAGUUCCAGGUUCUUGGCCUUGGCAAGUCUCCCUACAGGAUUCCACUGGAUGGCACUAUUGUGGUGGUUCCCUUAUUAACAAUGAGUGGGUUGUAACUGCAGCUCACUGUGGUGUUGGGGCCAGAGAUAAAGUGGUUCUUGGAGAGCAUGACCGCAGUUCAAACGUUGAAAAAAUCCAGUCUCUUGCUGUUGCUAAGGUCUUCACACACCCACAGUGGAAUUCCAACACAAUCAACAAUGAUAUUUCCCUAAUUAAGUUGGCCACUCCAGCUGUCUUUAGCUCAGCUGUGUCUCCAGUUUGUCUGGCUAAUAUUGGAGAAGAUUAUGUUGGAGGACGCAUCUGUGUUACCAGUGGAUGGGGAAAGACCAGAUACAACGCAUUUACAACUCCAAACCUACUUCAACAAACUGCUCUGCCUCUGCUGACAAACGAUCAGUGCAAGAGCUACUGGGGAAAUAAUAUCCUUGGCUCAAUGAUCUGCGCUGGUGCUGCUGGCUCCUCCUCCUGCAUGGGUGAUUCUGGUGGACCACUUGUAUGCCAGGACAAUGGUGCAUGGUCACUUGUUGGCAUUGUGUCCUGGGGAAGCAGCAUGUGCGCAACAAACAGUCCAGGUGUGUACGCCCGUGUCACAGUUCUCCGUUCUUGGGUUGACGAGAUUGUUGCCUCCAACUAAGACACAUUCCAAUAUAUGAAGUGCAGAAACUUAAUGGUGAAAUGUAAUGUAAUGAAAUAUGCAGUCCUGUAAUAAAAUAUGAGUAGAAAAAUGUCUUGAGUAAUUCUGGCAUGAAGGUUUUGCACUUCACUUGUUUUUAGGGAUGCACCAAAACCAGAAUUCGGUUUGGGAUUCAUCCAGUAUUCGGCCUUUUUCAGCAGGAUUUGGCCGGCCGAAUCCUUCUGCCCAGCUGAACCAAAUCUGAAUCCUAAUUUGUAUAUGCAAAUUAGGAAUGAGGAGGGAAAUCGUGUGACUUAUUGUCACAAAACAAGGAAGUAAAUAUUUUCUCCUUCCCACCUCUAAUUUGCAUAUGCAAAUUAGGAUUCGGUAUACGGUCAAAUCUUUCGCGAAGGAUUCGGAGGUUCGGCAGAAUCCAAAAUAGUGGAUUUGGUGCAUCACUGCUUGCUUUAAUAUUUUAGAGCACUGAUUGCUUUAGAAUUCUUUAGAUAAAUAUCAAAUUACAUAGACACAAACAAACAAUAGUUAUACAUAUUUGUGAAUUGCUCUUUUGUUUAAAACAUCAGCAGGAUGUUAAGAAAAUUAUAAUUGUGUAUACAAAGGAAAGCAACAACUUUCUAUCUUCUCUCCACAGUACUAUAAAUAUAUAUUGCUAUGAAACACAAAAUCUAGACAUACGCUUAAACAGAUUUUUAAGCUUUUAUUACCUUUUACAUGUUAUGGGUUGUUUUUUUAAAAAAAAUAUAUAUAUUCAGGUUGGGGUUGAAAAAUCAUAUAUUUAAUGAUAUAUGUUCUGCUGAUGACCAUGUAGGCCUAAUGAUGGUAUCUUCUUGGCAUUAAUCCAUUCAAUUAAAAUCAAUUCAAUGU